AUGGAUUCGCCCGUUUUGUUCCUUCUAUUAUCUUUGUCAUUUUCUCUCCCAUUCUCAUCUUCAAGCCUGGACACCAUUCAUGAAGGCACAUCUCUCUCAAUUGAGAAAUCGGAAGACAUUCUGAUAUCACCUGAUGGAGUUUUCUCUGCUGGCUUUUAUUCCGUGGGUGAUAAUGCCUAUUGCUAUACCAUAUGGUUCAAUAAGCAAUCCCGUGGCAAGAACCAGACUGUAGUCUGGAUGGCAAACCGUGAUCAGCCCGUUAAUGGAAGGAGCUCCAAGCUCUCUCUCCUCAAAACUGGUAAUCUUAUCUUAACCGACGCUGGAAAGUUCACAGUUUGGGCAACAAAUACUCAGUCACUCUCUCCAGUUCACUUAUCUCUCUACAACACCGGUAAUCUUGUCCUACAGAACAUGGAAGGUGUUACUUUAUGGGAAAGUUUUGAUUUCCCAACAGACACCCUUCUUCCCCAACAACUACUCACUAGAAACACAAGGCUUGUCUCCUCCAGAAGCAAGACCAACUAUUCCUCUGGUUUUUACAAGCUCUUUUUCGAUAACGAUAACCUCCUCCACCUUCUUCAUGACGGUCUCGAGGUUUCCAGCGUAUACUGGCCAGACCCGGGGCUCAUAAGCUGGGAAGCUGGAAGGUCCACGUACAACAGCAGUCGGAUCGCAGUGCUUGAUACAUUCGGAAAUUUCAGUUCUUCUGAUGAUUUUACUUUCAUGGCAGCCGACUAUGGGCCGAACCUUCACAGACGACUGAGAAUUGAUUAUGAUGGUGAUGUUCGAUUGUACAGUUGGGACAAGGAAGGGCAAACAUGGUUUGUGUCUUGGCAAGCCAUACAGAGACCUUGCAAGAUUUAUGAAAAUGGUUCUUCAAGUUGCUACCCCAAGACGAUGUUGCUUAAUGGAUAUCGUUCCCCAGAUUUCCAAGGUGACCUCUAUUUAAGACUGCCUGAAAGAAAUCUCUUCUCCUACGCAAAUUCUGUACAAGACUUCACACUCGUUUGCUCAAGUAAAGGCACAGUGCAACUAGACAGAAAGUAUAAGAGAAGCCAGGAAAAUGGGAUAGUAAAAUUCUUGCUCUGGUUUGCAAGUGGAGUGGGACUUGAAAUCAUCUGUAUCUUUUUGGUGUGGUGUCUUUUGACUAGAACCCAGCAAGCUUCUAGUGUAGACAAACAGGGCUAUCUUGUUGCUGUCACUGGGUUCAGAAGAUUUACCUAUGCUGAGCUCAAGAAGGCAACAAAAGAUUUUAAAGAGGAGAUUGGAAGAGGUGCAGGAGGAAUUGUGUACAAAGGGGUAUUGCCUGACAAUCGAGUUGUAGCAAUCAAGCGUCUCAAUGAAUCUAACCAAGGAGAAGGUGAAUUUCUAGCUGAAGUAAGCAUCAUCGGGAGGAUUAACCACAUCAACUUAAUUGAGAUGUGGGGGAACUGCGCAGAGGGAAAGCGUAGGCUUUUGGUGUACGAGUACAUGGAACAUGGUACUUUAUCCCAAAACCUCUCAUCCCAUGCACUUGAUUGGAAGAAAAGGUUUGACAUUGCCACAGGCACGGCAAAAGGCCUAGCUUAUUUGCAUGAAGAGUGCUUGGAGUGGGUUUUGCACUGUGAUGUAAAGCCACAAAACAUACUCCUAGACUCUAACUAUCAACCAAAGGUGGCAGAUUUUGGGUUGUCUAAGUUACAAAAUAGAAACUUCGAGAAUGCAAGCUUCUCAAGAAUAAGAGGAACCCGAGGGUACAUGGCUCCAGAGUGGGUUUUCAAUCUUCCUAUCACCUCCAAAGUGGAUGUUUAUAGCUACGGAAUUGUUGUAUUGGAGAUGGUGACGGGAAAGGGACCAACAAAGGAACCCAAAAGGUUGGUUGCUUGGGUGAGGGAAAAAAAGAAUGAAGCGGCUGCAAUGGCUUCUUGGCUUGAGGAGAUCGUUGACCCAAUACUGGAAGGCAGUUACGAAAAGGGUAAGAUGGAAACUCUGAUAACUGUUGCUUUGCAAUGUGUAGAGGAUGACAAAGACGCAAGACCAAGCAUGAGCCAAGUAGCUGAGAUGCUUUUACGCCAAGAAAAUGAUAGUCACGGUGAUGAUCAUGGUAUUAAUCUCUAAUUGGGAAUGGUACCCAUUUUCAACCGUAACUAAUAGUUGUUUUAAUCGUAAAUAAUUGAUCAUGAAUAAUCUUUAAUUUUUCUUGUAGUAAUGAAGUUGUGUACUUGUAAGCGUCGUUGUGAGUACAUCAUCCAAUAAUGGGUCAAACUAAGUCUAUUGAUCCUAAUGGUUGUGCAUGUGUUAAUUUCUUUUCUUCUCUUCUUGUUUUCGUGUUGAGUGAUUUUUAUGUUAAGUGAAA